AUGCCUGCGAGCCAGGUAGAACCCGCAUUGGCCAACGGUCAUGACGGUCACGCACACCCGCCCCAGGUGGCAGGCAGGAAGGCUAAGGGGAAAAAGGCCAUGGACUCGUCCGAGGCCUCCCGACUGCUGCAGGCCCGGAUCUCGCAGCUCGAGCAGGACGCUGCUGGGGAAAAGGACCAGGAACUUGAAAUCGAACGCGAAGUCAAGAGGGCCAACCGCGACCUGAUGCAACAAGUCGCCAAGAUGGACGACAUGCAAAAGAUCGACCACCUGACCAAACGCUCCAGUGAGCUUCUGGCCGACAUGCGGCGCCUGGAAAAGGAGAACCAGAAGAACAAGAAGCGCGGAGAUACUCUCCAAAAGGAGCGCGACGCCAACCGGACCGAGCUGAGCAAAACCGUCGGGCUCAAGGAAAAGCUGGAAAAGCUGUGCCGAGAACUGCAAAGGGACAACAACAAGAUGAAGAAUGAGAACAAGGAACAUCAGACAUCGCAGAAGCGCAACAGCAUUGCCUGGGACGAAAAAUAUGCAAGCCUUCUGGCCAAGCUGGAGGGCUACCAGGAAGAAAAGGACACGCCGCGCAAGCAGGUGGUUGACAUGGAGGUGGACGAACUGUUUCGCGUCCGCUUCAAGUCAUUCAUCGAGCAGUACGAGCUGCGAGAGCUGCACUUCCACUCGCUCAUGCGCACAAAAGAACUCGAAGUGCAGUAUCAUUUGUCCCGUUUCGAGCGCGAAAAGAAAAACGCCGAGGCCGAGGCAAAUAAGGCACGCCAUCUCCAGGCACAGGUGCAGGCCUUUACCAAGACAGAGACGGAGCUCAGAAACCAGCUCAAUGUCUACGUAGACAAGUUCAAGCAGGUCGAGGACACGCUGAACAAUAGCAAUGACCUGUUUUUAUCGUUCCGCAAGGAGAUGGAAGACAUGUCAAAAAAGGGCAAGCGCCUGGAGAAGGAGAAUGAGGCGCUCAAGCGGCAAAAGGAGGCCACGGCGGCCAACAUCAUCCGCAUGGCGGAAGAGCGCCAAGAAUGGAAGAAGAAGCUGGACGCUGCAGACAAGAAGACGGAGAAGCUCAUGAGCAUCAUCCAGCAGAUGCAACACCAGGGCGGAGCAGAAGGCGACGAGAGCGACUACUCUGACGACGGCGAGGAUCUCAGCGAAUUCGACGACGACACGGAAGAAGAGGCGCAGCCGACGGAGCAGCACGGGCGGCCCGUCACGUACGGGCCUGAGCGCCCACCGCCCCCACCGCAGCAGCCGCCGCAGCCGGCCACCAACGGGUACUAG